UUGUUGUAUGGUACAAAUCAUAAUAUAAACGCAGAUGGAAUAGACAGAAUAUGUCUGUGUAGCUGAAACAGAGGCUAACUUUUUGCAAUAUUCAUCCAAUAAUGUUAAUGUAAUUAGAUAAAUAAAUAAGUAAAAAUGAUGACCCAGCAGCAGCUGCAGCAACGGGUUCAGCUUUCUACAGCGUCUCUUGCGAUCGUCCUGUGCAGGGACGAAGAGAGUUUGAGCAGCGGCGUUGGCAAACUUUCUAACCCGAAUGGUUAUGAUGUAUUCGCGGAUUUUAAAUCGCAGAAUCUGAAGAGUUUUUGGAACAAAAGGCUAGUGAAAGCCGUGUCAGAGGUUUAUUUCCAGGGAUGGAUGGAGAAUUUUGUGCUUCUGGUCCACGGGAAAAGCAACAGUCUGGAAGUACUAAGAGAAUCUUGGAUGAGAAGGGCACUGAGGUCCCCAAAAAGAUUUAUCAUCCGAGCAGUGGGUGAUGUAUCUGCAGUGCAAAUGGCACCCAUUUCCCAGUCCCAGUUUAUCCCACUGUCAGAAGUGCUGUGCUCCGUCAUAUCCGAUAUGAAUGCUGGUCAUGUGGUGGUCAACAAGGAGGCUUUGAUUGAGCAUUUGAUGAAGCAUCACCCAGGAAUGUCAAUACCUACUCAAGACAUCCUUUACAGUGCACUGGGUUCUUUGAUCAAGGAAAGAAAGAUUUACCAUACUGGAGAAGGGUAUUUUAUUGUAACGCCGCAAACUUACUUCAUAACAAACAGCCUGGUAAAAGACAACCAAAAGUGGCUCAUACCAGAAAAAGACCACCCAUCUCCACCUUCAGUCACAUAUCUGGUGAGCACAGAAACCUGUGCAGACACAGUAAAUGACUUUGUUCCCACUGUGGCUCAUUGUAAGUCCUGCCGUUGUUUCAGCCAAACACCAGCACAGUCGGCACAAGACCUGCAGUCCAUUAGUGAGCACAAUGGGAAAGGCCAGAAGUGCAGCAAGGACACCAAGCCCUUAGUUCAACACCAGUCUACCUCUACAGCAGCCAACUACCACCCUUGCGAGCCACUGACCACCAGGAAAGAGAAGGUCUGCAAAAAGUUUGGUCUCAACCUGUUCAGACGGAACAUAUCAAAGAAAGAGAAACACAAAAAGGAAUAUGCAACCUACUCUGGUCAGUUUCCCCCUGAGGAAUGGCCUGUCAGGGAUGAGGAGAAUUUGAACAACCUACCCCGGGACUUGGAGCAUGAGAUAAUUAAGCGGAUCAACCCAGAACUUACUGUGGACAACCUAGUGAGGCACACCAUCAUGAUGAAGAAAAUCGAGGAGCACAGAAACGUCAUCAGCAAAGGCACCUCAACAGAAAUGCUAGCCACCAAACACCGGCAUCAGUCCAAAAGCAUUGCUCGGAAAGUGGUUGCCAAGACAACAAAACAUAAAAAGAAAGGCCAUUCUACCAAAGAAAAGCAAAGGCUGAAAAACAAGUUGGCUUUGCACAAGACAGAGCUAGGGGAAGUAAUUGUAGAUGGCUAUCCUGAAAACCACCCUGAAUAUCUCCACGGGCACCUGAGGACCGAAAUCAUUGCGGAAGCGAAAUUUGAGCGCCAAAUAUGUGAUGAUCCCAAUGAUAGUGAAACAAAUCUUUACAAGAAGCAGAUUGAUAACCCCUUUCAGGGGAGGUCUGUAAGAGAUGCUGGUGCAGGGAAAGGUCUGAAGGGUCAUAAAAACCGUGAAAUGAAGGGAUCCAGGACAGAGAGAGCAGACAGAAGUAUGCAGAGGUCAAAAUCCUGGGAUUCUUCAAGGACAAAAGUUGCUGCUGAUAAUGAAGACAUACAAGCAGUUGAUGACAGACACUGCAAGGGCACGAAGGCAAAUGGGUUGCAUUGCAAUGUGAAUCUGGAUCUCCGGCUGGUGAAAGAAUGCCUUGGGGAUUAUGGCUCAAAUUACCCAGAUAGCAGUACACUGAGAAUCGAGGACAAGUACAAACUUCUACAGAACAACCAGCCCAGAAGAAAUCUGUUCAGUGAUGAACUUCAGAAAGACACAAGAUACAAAGUUGUGCCAGACAGGUGUGCAGCUGGCAGUUUGAAUCGGAGGUUUAUGGCCAGAGUGACUGGGGAACGUCAAGUGGUGGAACAGACCAUACAUUCCUUACCACCGCAAGUCACUUACCACUAUGAUACAGCCAGGAUGCUUCCCCCUUGGCCAAGACAAACAACUGGUCAACGCCAGCCUUCAUCUGUGCUCAGACAGAUCAACAACAAAGGGGCCAGAAACCAGCCUGGUAACCCUGAUCACCUUACCACUGCAUAUCAACAGUUUAACAAUAAGCAAAGUGGAGCGGAGUCGAGUCCGAUGGGCAGCGAGGUUUUCACGGAUGAGGAUCAGACUCUUUAUCAGCAGGCGAUCGAAGACGGUGAUGCCUGCAGUUCCCUGUAUCUGAAUGAAGAUUCAGAGGAGUUGGAGAGCAGUGAAGACUCUCAAUCUGGAUCAGUUCACGAUCAGCAGCCCUAUUCUAAUGCCAGCGACUGGCACAAUACUGCAGCUGAAGACCACUCUGCCAGUACAUGCGAGAAUCACUCUGCCGUGUUUGGUUCUUGCUAUCAGCAAGAGGAGGCAAGGUGGCACGAUUCUACCAACAGACACCUGGCAAAGCCGCAGAAUAUCUCUCACAUAGAAAGCAGUCACAGGCCCAUGUCCCAGUUUAUUUACGAACACCUUGAGGAGAAAGAACGGGAAGUGGGAGAAGCUGAUCUGGUCAACGGGAGCAUAUUUGACUUUUGCCAGACGAGCGAAGGUGACUCUGAUGCGGAGACCUUGCACAAAUCCACAGAUGAAGGAGACAACAAAUCUGGGCACUGGAACUUGGCUCAACAAACGGCGGAGAAUCAGAGAAAACAGAUUGAGCAAAGGUUAGAGCUUAUAAAUAGCACACACAACGCCAUUUCUGGGCAGAGCACCCAGGGCGUGCCUGUUCCUGGAGAUUAUAGUAUUACAGGAGACAGUGGAAUAGAUUCUCCAAGGACGCGAAUGAGUCUGGCCUCCAGUAAUUCAGUGAUCCUGGAAGGACUGAAGCGACGAAGCUUUCUCCAGAAUUUAGAAAACCUGCACUCUAAAAACAAUGUGAUCCGUUCUCAGAAUUCUUUACUUCCACUCACACCUGUGAUUAAUGUGUGAUUCCCUCAGCUGUUAAACCACAAAGAACUGUACAACUCACAAGGCUUCAUCACAUUGAACCACAUUGCAACUUGUACAAUUGUAUAUAGUCUUCUUCCUGUAAAUAAGAUAAGGUGAAACUCUCUAAUAUGUACUCCUCGUUUUGUAAACCUGUUUCAUGAUGCCUGUUUUAUUUUUUCAAUCUGUCGGAUUAUAUGUGGAGCCAGUACUGAGAUUACUGAUUUUUUUUUUUUUUUUUUUUUUUUAUGUUG